CUCCCGCCCUCAUUUUAAUCAGACGCAAGUUGCACUUCAACAUAGCGAUUCCUGGAGGACACUAGUCUUUCAGCAGCGCUAUUAAACAAAAACUUAUUUUUUAUAUAACUUUUCUUUCUUUCACUUCUGUGCUUUACUUCUUUUCAAAAUGAAAUCAAUGAUCGUUGUAUCUUGUUUAGUGCUGGCGGCACAGGCCGGAUGGGUGGGCCCGCCCGCCAACAUCGCACUGUCUCAGGACGGCCGCAACAUCCUCGACACUCCCGAGGUAGCACAAGCGCGCGCCGCCCACCUCUCUGCCCUGCAGCAAGCCGGACAGAACAACCCCAACCCACAAGACGACGGCUCCUACAACCCCGCCUGGAACAACGAGGAAUUCUGGCAACGCGACAACAACAAAUGGAACGGUGCUCAGGCUAACCAGUGGAACAACGGAAACCAAUGGAACUCCGCUCCCGCCCCAGCGUGGAACGCCGCCGGUCACGCACCCGCCCCCGUCGCCGAGACCCCCGAAGUAGCCCAGGCCCGCGCCGCCCACCUCGCCGCCCUCAACUCUGCCCACUCCGGUCCCAGCAACCAGUGGAACAAUGGCAACAACGGCCAGUGGAACGCGGCUAGCGACAACGGUCAAUGGAACGCCGGAAACGACAAUGGCCAAUGGAACGCCGGUAACGACGAUGGUCAAUGGCGCUCGGGAAACGAAGGCCAAUGGAACGGUAACAACCAGAACCAAUGGAACGGCAACCACCAAAACCAGUGGAACGGUGCUCCCUCCUGGCAAGGACCCCCCGCCCAGAUCAGACUGGCCAACAACGGCGCCGGUAUCCUGGACACUCCUGAGGUAGCCGCCGCACGCGCCGCCCACUUAGCCGCGCACGCGCAGGUCGCCCCCGCCCACGGUCACGGCCAACAACGCUGGUGAUCACUUCUCCUUCUCUUUCCGGGUGUGCUGGACUCCUCUCGCGUGUCACGCGCUCUCCAGAACGCGGGCAGGUGACACCCCAGAGAUACGUCGAGAAGCCCUCUUCUCCUUCGAUCUCUUCUUCUUUUAGUUUAUCAAAGUGCUAGUGCGUCAGACUCUUACUUCCCUGUGGCUUUUUGUUACUUUUCUAAGAAAUUUAAUAUCUAUUAUACGAACUUUUGUACAUAAUAAAUAAUUGUAUGUAUGCGUAAACGAAUUAUAUUAAACGAUACAAACACAUAGAUAAAAAA